CGUGCUGCUGCCGCUGCAAUGGCUGCUGCGAUGGCCGCUGCGGCUGCUGCCUCCCAAAGUGGUUCACCUGGCUCAUUCGGUGCUCCGGGCUGUCUUUCGCCGAAUCUGGCAUCCAAUGCUUCCACCGGACUACCCGGGAGCGCCGGUCCAAUGGAUCCGCAUAGUCUUAUGGCCACUAUGGCUAGUUUUGCCGCCGCACAAGCGGCAGCGGCGGCCGCGGCUGCUGCAGCCACAGCCGGUAUGAACACUUCCGAUUUGUCCGGUCUUGCCACCGGAUCCACUACUGGGGCUCUUGGCUCACCUGGUUCCUCUGCCGCGGGUCUGGUCAAUUUGAGUGGAUCCGCUCUGAUGGGUGGACCGGGAUCGUUACCAUUUCCUCUGCCCACUGCCCCUGCAUCUCUACCCGGACUUACUUCACCGUUUCCCAACCCACCUCUCCCACCACCGAAGAGCUCGACUCCGGUAUCCGGUCGACGUGCCAGUUCCCAUUCACCCGGGUUGAAUGAUCUAACCGUGUCACAUGGAUCGUCCGGUCCACCGGAUGAGAAACGACGCAAAACCGAUCGGCUCAGUGUCAGUGAGGAGAAGAACAAUGCAGUCGUCAUGUCGGAUGAUGGCGCUCUGUUGCGUGGGAAAAAUACAAAUAUCCAUCCGCCCAGUGGACGUCACACACCAUUGACCACCAAUAAACCAAAUGGCUUGAUGAAUUCGGUUGCUAAGACUGGAUCAAAUGCCAACACCACCACCACAACAACACCUGGCAGCGUCUCCAUGACCGGUGUUAACAGUGCAACAGAUUACGUUAUUCGAGAACCGCAUGAAUUGAGUGGUCUGGGUGAGAAAAAAGAAUCGAACGAUAGUCCCCCAGUGCUUAGUGCAAAUGCUUUGCCUAACGGCCCGGAAAGUCGUGGUGUUACCCCCAGUCCGCAUGCACUGAGUAACGGUGGUUCUGUAGAUAUGGGACCACACAGUAACCCCGGGAGUAACGGUUAUCUGAAAGCGGCCAAUUCCCCAGCUCCACACUCCAACAAGGUCAUGACUCCCUCAUCAGUGGAUACAUCAAAUGCCGCUAGUCCACUACCAAAUUCCAAUCCGAUCAACAUGAAUUCUGUUAAUUUGCCUGGUGUCGGUCCUGUUGCGCUAUCCCCUCCUCAUCUCACAUCAGACGGUCUACCAUUGCACGCAGACACAUUCCCCCUAUCCUCAGGCCAAACAUUUCCCGUCAUGAACAGCAACAACAACAACAACAACAACGGAUUGGCUAAUGGUGUGUUGCCUGGUCCAGGGACAUUUGAUUCUGGAUUUCCUCGGAUCUUGCCACCAUCCUCAUUCUCUCCGUCAGGUUCACUUUCCUCCUCGGCUCCCACCAGUGUCCCGGCGUCCUCUUCCUCCAUCCCGGCUUCCGUACCUGCCCCAAGUGGAACUGGCGCCUCGGCCGCUGCAGCGGUUGUUGCAGCUGCAGCAGCCGCUGCCGCUGCGGCCGCAGCCGCCGCCGCCGCAUCCGGAGCACCGCCGUCAACCAUGCUGCCCGGUUCCUUGCCCACUCCAGCGAUUAACUGUCAGGCCAUGAGCAGCUGCCAAUCGGUAUGUUUAUUAAACUCGAAAAAGUAG